AUGUCAAAUACUGCGACACGCAUGAUCAUAAAGUUGUCUCUGGUUGCCGAGGAUACUUGAUUUACAUCCCACACAAAAAAAAAAGUUAUGGGCUGUAUGCGAGAAAUGCACAAUUCCUAGUCCGUCCCAUUCGGCCCAUUUCUCAUCAUCACUCUCCUCUUCUUCCACUUCCAUAACCAAUAACCAUACUCACUCAGUCUCUCAAUUCUGAAACCUCACACUCAAACGACACCGUUUCAAUCACCACGACAAUGCUUCGUCUUACAAAGCUAAAACCACUGUCACAACCACCAUCAUCACUCUCUUCUUCCGCUCACCAACUCCUCCAACGCUGUUCCGUCAGCCGAACCGCAAAAGGAAAAGGAAAAGCAGGCCAAACCCUAAAACGUUCCAAAGUAACAACCAGAAAACCCGGAUCCGAACCCACACCCGGAAUCCCAACCGGAUCAAAGGAAAAACAAGAACGCGAACGUCUCUACGAUCAAUGCCUCAACGCACCAACACCACUUCGUUUUCUUAAACCAAAACAACGUGAACGUGAAGCAGAACGUGAAAGAUUAGGGUUAAUUAGCAAAGAUCGUCAACGAGAACUUGAUAUGAUGAAGAAAAAAAAUCAGAAAUAUUGGGUUUCUGAGAAACCUAUAAUUAUUGGAACACCUGGAUUGGAUUAUAUAACAUUAGGUUUAGUUGAUGCUGAGAAAUUGCCCAAGUAUGAAUUGACGGCGGAAGAUGGGAAGAAAUUGGCCAAGGAGUAUAGUAGGGUUUUGAUGAAGAAGCAUAGGGCAAGACAAGCGGCCGAAUCGACGCUUUUGAGGUUGAAAAAGGAGGCUAUUGAAGCUUUGCCUGGAGGUUUGAAGGAGGCUGCUUUGGUUCCUGAUUUGACGCCUUUUCCGGUUAAUCGGGUUAUGGCUAGUUUGACUCCUCCUAUUGAGGGUUAUAUUGAGAAAAUUAGGGAAGCUGCUAAUAGGAUCAGUGGAAAAGAGAAGAUUAGAUAGAGUGGUUGAUUGAUGAGUUCAUUGCAGGUUCGCCUUGAAGUGGCAGAAGCACUUUUCUUUUAUGUGGGCAGCAAUCUCUGGAACUUGGAUUUCAUUAAAUGGUGGCAGAAUCUGAGUUUGAGAAGCUUUUUGAAUAGUAAAAAUUGUUCAAGAAAUUGUAGUUUAGCAUUCAUGAACAUUAAUUUUUUUCUCUUCAUUUUCCCGUUGAUAGUAAAUCAGGAAUGAAGUGAAUGACUAAAUCAUACCUGUCUUUUGUCUUACCUCAACUGGAAUGCUAUAAUCUUUUAUGGCUAUUACUAUUUGUAUAACUCUGAAGUGCUUGAUCAAGUAUUGUAGUGCUUGUAACUCCUUGAUAUAUUUUACAUAAUUUCUGACUGGCCGGUACUUGCGUCUGGGCAGCAUAAAUAGAUUGGUUUUCUAAUGGGUACAGUCUUUGUUUUAACAUUA